AUGAUCCAUGCAGCGGCUCCCCAUUUUCUGUGGCCGUUUGCGGUCCGGUACGCCGCGCAUCAGCUCAACCUCUGGCCCCGUGUCUCCUUGCCGGAGACCUCGCCCACAUUGCUGUGGACGGGGGAGGUUGGCGAUGCGUCGCGAUUCCGGGUCUGGUUUUACGACCCCGCCUCGCGCCGUGUCUUUGCGUCUCAGGACGUCACCUUUGACGAGUCCGUCCCCUUUUACCGUCUCUUUCCCUACCGCACUGCCUCUCGCCCCCCCCCGCCGCUCUUUCUCGCUCCAGGUCCUCCCCAGGUAGACCCCCUCCCCGCGCCAGGUCCUGCUCCUUCAGGUGUUUCUCAGGUAGACCCUCCCGUGCCUGCGCCUGUUGAGGUCACUAGUGACUUGGGUCCUGCUGGGGGUGGUCCUGCUCGGGGUGCUGUCUCUGGGGGUGCUAAGCCUGAGGGUGCGGAGCCUGAGCGUGAGGAGCCUGGGGGUGCUGAGCCUGGGGGUGCGGAGUCUGGGGGUGCUGAGCCUGAGCGUGAGGAGCCUGGCGGUGCUGAGCCUAGGGGUGCGGAAUCUGGAGUGGCCGCCUUCGUCCGCGUGCGCCUCUCUCCCCACGAGUGCUACACUCGCCAUCAGGGUCGCGCUGCUGGAGUUCGGGGCUCGGUCGCUGGAGGUGGUUCUACUGUCGUCGCUAGAGCUGGGAGAGGUACUGGUACCCUGUCUACAGGAGGUGCUGGAGUAGCUGGUCCCGGAGGAACUCGUACUGGAGGUACUGGAGCUGCUGGGGCUGGAGGUGCUGCGUCUGGGGGUGCUGCUGCUGGAGACACUGGGACUGGAGGUGCCGGUUCUGGGGGUGCUGCUGCUGGAGACGCUGAGGCUGGAGACCCUGGGAUUGGUGGUGUCGGUUCUGGGGGUGCUGCUACUGGUGGCGCUAGUCCUGGAGGUGCUGGCGCUGGAGGUGCUGGAGCUGGCGGUGCUGGAGCUACAGGCGGUGCUGGAGCUACUAGAGGUGCUGGAGCUGCUGUAGGUACAAGAGCUGCUGGAGGUGCUGGAGCUGCUGGAGGUACUGGAGCUGCUGGUGCUGGUGGCACUACGGAGCCACGACUGUUCUUCGCUCCGCCGUCUCCGUCGUCUCUGCCACCGCCUGACACUGUACUUCGUCAGGUUCUUACUCUCCCGUCGUCUACUGGUCUUCCAUUACAGCCUGGCUCACCGCUGCCUGCUCCUUCUCCUUACACUGAGCAGCAUGAUAGUCGUGUUGCGCGUCGUGCGCCUGCGUUGCGUCCUGCCUCGCCUCCUAUUCCUCUGCCGCCUCCUCCUGCGUCUUCCCUGCCUGACGUUCCGGACCAUGAGUCUGACCAGUUUCGUGCCGCACACCCUACGGUCACGCGUCUGUUAGCCACGGUUGUCACUGACCCGUCGUUUGAGUCUGCUGCUGCGUCUGCCUUAGUCGCUGAGCUUGUUGACUUUGCUGCUGCCUAUCGUCUAGACUACGCCGCUAGUCUUGUUGCUGAGUUUGAGUCUGUCUGUCCUCCGUCCGUCAGGGGUGAGUGUGCUCUUGGCACGGACGUCCUUGAGGACAGGCACGAGGACCUUGAGGUGAAGCGGCCGCCGGGUUCUCCGCCUGUCUUCAAGGCUCGUUACGUUGCUAGAGGCUUCAGUCAGCGUGAGGAAGUUGACUUCUUCCAGACCUUCUCCCCCACCCCAAAGAUGACCACUCUUCGGGUGCUGCUGCACGUUGCCGCUCUGCGUGACUACGAGCUUCACUCUCUUGACUUCAGCACAGCCUUCUUACAGGGCAGCCUGCACGAGGAGAUCUGGCUGCGCCGCCCACCUGGCUUCACUGGGUCGUUCCCUCCUGGCACCCAGUGGAGCCUCCGGCGGCCAGUCUACGGUCUCCGCCAGGCGCCUCGUGAGUGGCACGACACACUGAGGACUACACUUGCGGCUCUUGGGUUUGCUCCUUCGACUGCUGACCCGUCGCUGUUUCUGCGCACCGACACUUUGCUGCCGCCGUUCUACAUCCUCGUGUACGUUGACGACUUGGUCUUUGCCACUGCUGACACUGAGGCUCUCGCCCUGGUGAAGUCGGAGCUGCAGAAGAGACACACGUGCACAGACCUGGCUCCACCUUCGGACGAGUCCGUAGAGCCGAGUGGUCCUUACGCAGAGCUAGUGGGCUGCCUCGUGUACCUGAUGACCUGCACUCGACCUGACCUCGCGUACCCUCUUGGCCUUUUGGCUCGCUACGUGGCUCCUGGUCGGCACCGAAAGGUGCACAUAGAUGCUGCUAAGAGGGUAUUGCGCUACCUGUGCAGUACAUCGGGCACGGGGCUCGUGUUGGGAGGACGGAGCGACGUUGUCCUCACUGGACACUCUGACGCGUCUUGGGUUGACGACCAGGCUACACAGCGGUCGUCACAGGGUUACACCUUCAGCCUUGGCUCUGGCUCUGUUUCUUGGCGGUCUACGCGCUCGUCUUCUGUUCUCAGCUCCUGA